AUGGGCAGCAAACAUUCACCUCCGGAGAUGGAGGAUUAUCCUGCCAAAAAACGUACUCGGAUUAACGAGGACAGUGCCCGUCAAUCUCCAGUCCCGACCGAUGACGGUAGCUCUGAAUCGUCCUACUGGGAUGACCCCGAAGGAGAUGCAUGCGCCGAACGGGAUGCAGUGGAGCAAGUUACCAUCCCUCGCCCGCCUGGGCCACCGAGACAGGCAGGCACGAUUUCCAAAGUCAUCCUGGUCCAAUUCAUGUGUCAUCGAUAUCAGGUUGUUGAACUUGGUCCGCAGAUCAACUUCGUAAUAGGCCAUAACGGAAGUGGCAAGAGUGCCGUCUUAACCGCCAUCACGCUUUUGCUUGGGGCCAAAGCUAGUUCUACUAACCGCGGUAACUCCUUAAAAACAUUCAUUCGCGAAGGUCAAAAGAAAGCCGAAGUGACGCUACACCUAACCAAUCGUGGUGAAGAAGCUUUUCAACCAGAAAUUUAUGGGGAUGAGAUUAUAAUCCAGCGCAACAUCUCAAAGGAUGGUAGUUCGGGAUUUAAGAUCAAAAGCAGCCGCGAUCACCGAGUCUUUUUUAUUCGAGGGACUCAGCUUAAACAGCUAACGGAUGAGUACGAGGAGAUCGAUGCCAACCUGAAGAUUUCCGAAGUCCUUCUAACCAAGAAGCAGGAAGACUUACCUGAACUGUUGCAGCGUGUCAAAUCGGCCGAGAAAAACAUGCGAGAAGUACAAAUAGCUUCUCAGGCUCAAGAAAUGAUCAUCCAACUCGAAAAGGAAAUUUUCUGGAUCUAUGUUGCGGAAGCUGAAGCUGAACGUGACUUGGCCCUCCAGCAGCUGCAGAAUGAGGAGCGUGCCUUACCGAAAUACGAUACCAAGCUUCAAGAAACGGAAAACAAAAUAUCUGAGCUAGAUGAUCGGAUCAAAACCCUCGAAGCCGCAAAGGCAGCGCGGAACGACGACGAAACCCACAUUCGACAGGCAGAUGUAGAUCUUAAAGAGAAGGACGAAGAAAUUUCCCAACAAUCAAGAGAUAUCGCAGAGGAAAAUGCCAAGUUACUGGGAAACACCGACUCUUCACGAAAACAAUCCAUCGAGCGAAUGGGACAACUUGACACCGAAAUCACAGAGAUCGAGUGCCGCAUCACUCAAAUACAACAAGAUAUCUCCGGCGCAGAUGCAGCGGUCAAAACCAACAGUUCCCAGGCGAACCAAUGUGACCAGAAUGUGAAGAAACUGGGGGCCGAUAUGGAAAGUAAUAAGCGUGCCAUCCAUGAGUAUGGAUCCAUCCGCAAGGACAGGCUCCUCGUAUUUGGCCAAAGGUCGGACCAGCUCAAGAAUGCUAUUGAAAGAAACACCUCUUGGUCGGAAAAGCCCAUUGGCCCAUUGGGCUACUACAUAAAGGUGAAAGAUAAAUCUUGGCAACCUGUCCUAGAAACGGUUCUCGCAGGUUCUUUGAAAUCUUAUAUGGUAGUUGAUAAGAGGGAUGAGCAACUCCUACAACGGUUAAUGUCGGAUUGUAAAUGUGUAUCUCCAAUCAUUCGAACGCGCCGAGACUUGUUUGAUUACUCAAGCGGGGAACCCGGGCCGCAAUUCGUCACAAUCUUACGAGCUCUUCAUUUUGAGGACGAAUUUGUCAAACGAGCCUUAAUCAAUGAUAUGCGGAUCGAAAAAACCAUCCUAGUCGAACAUCGAACAGAAGGAGAUCCCAUAAUGUCGCAUCCCCCUCCUAACAUUGUAUCCUGUUACACACGUGAUGGGUUCAAAGUUGGUGGAGUUGAUGGAGGACGCGGGGUCAGAGCACUCACCAUGUACAACGGUCCACCCCGGUUAUCAAACGACGAUGGUUCCUUCAUUGCAGAACUCAAUCAAAGAGCCGCUGAACUCGGCUCCCAAAUUGAAGAGACUAAGCGCCAGGCUGCUGCUGCAAAUUCGCGGUAUCGUCAAUCGGCCGAACAGCUUAAAAGACUGAGGACCGAGGAGGGACAGCUGAAGGGGCGACUCCGUAAGGCUCGGGAUAUGAAGGCCUCUAUACAAGAUGAUUUGGAUCGGAGUGCAUCAUCUAACAUCACGACUUUGGAAGACUUGAAAAGCGAAUCAGAGUCUGCCAGACGGACGUUGUAUGAUCAAAGCCAGGAGCUUUUACGCCAAAGGGAUGCCCUCAACAGCGACUUAGCCCCUAUUAAAGUCGAGCUAGAGAAGCUGCAGCAUAUGAUUGAGAAUCGAGACCAAGAAGAGGAUAAGAUUAAUGUUGAGCUAACUACGAAAAUUACCGAUAAGGCUGUUGCGAACGAUGCAUUAAGACAUUUCCGUGACUCUCGGACUAAGCAAGCUGCCAAGGUAGCAGAGGCAAAAAAGAAAUACGACGCCGCCGAAGCUGCGCUACCAAAAGCCAUCGACGAAGCCAAAAAGGUAUCCGGAUCCGAUGAACCCAUGCAGACCAACCGUUCGCGUCAGGACGCCAUGGCCGAUCUGGAAAGCUUCAAGAAAAUUGUGAGAGCCACCGAAACCCGUCAUCGUAAAUCGCUUGAAGACAUUGAAAUUGAGUAUCACCAAGCAAAUGCUAGCUAUAAGGUAGCAGAGAAGCAAAUCGAAGAGCAGGCCGCAUCCCUCAAAGUCUUAUCAAACGCACUGGCAAUACGGAAAUACCGCUGGAUUGAAUUCCGUAACCACAUCGCUGCUCGCGCCAAAAUGAAUUUUGUUAAAUAUCUGGAUCAUCGUAGAUACACCGGAAAGUUGAGCUUUAAUCACAAUUCGCAAAGGCUUCAAGUCCAGGUCAACCCUCGUGAGGAUGGAACUACCCAGGUAUAUAGUUCAGGCUUGCUCUCUUUGGUCAUCAAUGGAAAUCCACUUGAUGUUCAUUUUUACUGA